ACCCCUCUGCCAUGGACUGCACCUGUGUGUCCGACCUGCUCCUCACGGCUCCGGUGCCGGCGCUCUGGACCCCAGGGUUCGCCUUCCCCGAGUGGGCCUACAAGGCGGAGUCGAGCCCCGGCUCGCGGCAGAUCCAGCUGUGGCACUUCAUCCUGGAGCUGCUGCGGCAGGAGCAGUACCGCGAGGUCAUCGCCUGGCAGGGCGACUACGGCGAGUUCGUCAUCAAGGACCCCGACGAGGUGGCGCGGCUGUGGGGGGUGCGCAAGUGCAAGCCCCACAUGAACUACGACAAGCUCAGCCGCGCCCUCAGGUAUUACUACAACAAGCGGAUCCUGCACAAGACAAAGGGGAAGCGCUUCACGUACAAGUUCAACUUCAGCAAGGUGGUGCUGGUGAAUUACCCGCUCCUGGAAUUAGGGGGGGGGGCUCCGCUGCUGCUGACCCCCGGGCCCUGCCCCGCCGCCACCCCCGGCCCCGAGUGCGCCCCCAUUACCCCCGAGACGCUGCAGUCACUGUUCUGCGCCCCCCGCCCCACCGACCCCCCCGGGCGGCCCCCCGUCUUCGAGAGACCCCCCGAGACCCCCGAGAAGCUGCGGCUGGAGGCGGCCGUGCCCUUCCUUGGCUCCGGUCUCUCGGGGUACUCGAAGGCUCCGGCGCUUUUGGGGGGGGCGGGCUACGGGCGGCCCCCCCUCCCCGAAUACCCCUGGGGGUGGGGGUCGUACCUGCCGGGGGCGCUGCCGCUGCCCCCCCCCGCCAAGCUGCCCCCCCCCGCCGCGCUCUACCCCCCCCCCCGGCUGCUCAAGCAAUAA